GAUGAAGUGUGCUCGGGUGGUGAAAAUAUCAAUGUAGCUGUGAUAUGGCAGACGAGGGGAUAUUAUAAAAAGGCGACCCCUACGUUUGUCUUUUUGGAUUCCUUAUCGAAUAUACUUUACCCAAAAUCAUCAGAAUCUUCUUUUCGUCCACACGACUUUUUGUAGCGAAAAUGCGUUUGGUGAUAUUUUUCUUAGCUAUUUUGGUGGCUAUGGGAUCUAUCUUAGCUGCCUCUAUUGCGUCAACCGAAGACCUCGAUGCUGACCACCAUGUCCGUUCACGCCGGGCCCCAAAACCUCAUCAAAAAAGGCGGAGUAGUGAUGAUAAGAAAAAGACGACCGAGACACACAAGAGCAAGAGCAGUCCGACGUUGCAGGCACCAGAACUAGGUAAUGGUAAUGUUGGUCCAGGCAUUGAGGUAUCGGGACCAGAGCAAAGGUCAUGAUUCUUUUGGAAAUUAAACAAAAAUGUGGACUUGAUAGAUACAUCUUUCUUUUCUAAAUCAUCAUCUUCAUAUACAAUUAGUUUUCUUUUCUUUUAGUUAUACAGAUCUUCUUUACACCUUGGUUACAUACUUAGGAAUCUUUUCUUGUCUCGUCUUUUCUAUGUUGAUGACUUUCAUUUUACCAAACAUAUCCUGUACUUGAUUUCAUGUCGGAUCAAUAUUGGUACACCAUUUCUUGUCACUAUUGCUCUGAGUCUUGAAGGUCUAUUGUUGUUUUAGUAUGUUUAGCGGCUUUGUUGAUUUCACUCUCAUUUAGUCUCUUCUGGUAUCAUCAGUGAUUUCGUAUCUCUCGUGUUCUCCAUCAGCCCA